GGCGCCAGCCCCGCACCCGUACCCGGACCCACGCCCAGUGGGGCCGCCGGGGCGGGGAGCAUCCCGUGGGCCGGCCGCAGGCGGGCACCCCCGGCGGCCCGGGACAGGGCAGGGGCAUCCCGGCCCCUCCCCGGCCGGCCCCGCUCGGGGCGGGGUCUCCCAAGUUUCGGCGACAGCCGCGGGGUCCGUCCCGCCGGUGGCAUGAGCCCUGCGGCGGGACGGGGGGGCGGCAGCGCCGGGCAGGGCGAGCCCCCGCCGCCAUGCCCAAGGAGCGGCCGCUCUGGCGGGGUCUGGCCUUCCGCCUCUGCCUGCUCUCGGCCGCGCUCUUCCUCUGCCUCCAGCUGGGCAUGAGGCGAUCCUGGUGCCCGGAAGAGAAGCCCCGGGCGGCAGUGGCGGCGGGGCGGGUGCCCCCCCCGGCCCGCGGCACGGAGCAGCAGGCGGGCGGGGUGGCGGCGGCGGGCAGGCGGCGGGUCACCUACGUGCGGAGCGGCCGGCGGGGGAGCGCCGUGCCCGGCUGCUGCCCGCUGCAGCCCCCGGCCGGCCGCCGCAGGAAGACUGUGAGAUGGCACAUUGAACUGCAACCAUGGGCAAGUCCAACUCCUUCCCUCAGCUAUGAGGCCUUGAGAUUCCUGAAGUACAUUAGCACUUCUCAGAUUUCUUGCGAACAAAUGAACCUGAACAGCCCGGGAGGGUACUCCGAAACCACAAAGAAGCCCUGGUCGGUUUGUCUUGAUGAGAGGUUUAGCCUCAUUCAUCGAAUCCGAAGCAAGCAGUGCCGUCUCUAUUCGCUUGGGCUAGGCAGUGAUGACAACCAAUUUGAGACCAGCAUGGCCAACAGUGGAUGUGAGGUGCAUCGCUUUGAUCCCAGCAUCAAGUCCGCACACAUUCAGGAGGGUCGGCACCUCUGGUAUCACCGCCUCUCCAUCGACUGGAGGGAUCCCAAUCCAGCCAUCGCUGCUCAUAAACUUCACAGCAACACGAAGAAGCUGGGCACCAUAAUGAAUGAAUUUGGGCAUCAGAAGAUUGAUGUCCUUAAGGCAGACGUGGAGAGCGCUGAGUGGAAAAUUUUGGAAAACCUGAUCCUGGAGGAUGUUGUUGAGCAGAUAGGACAGCUGGUGUUUGAGGUGCACAUCCACUGGCCUGGGUUUGAGGUCAGCGGCAAUGACAGCACCGUGGUGCGGUACUGGUACAGUCUGCUCCGAGAGCUGGAGCUGAAGGACUUCAGGCUUUUCCAUACCUACAAAGACUUAUCAAAACCACAGAUGUUUCUGAAAAAGGAAGCCUUCAAUGCCAGUAGCUGUUACACACUGAGCUGGGUAAAUACAAGAUGGAAAUCACAGAAAGGAAUUUAUGAUGUGUGACGGCGCGCCAUCUGGCCACGUAGCAUUUUUGAAGAGGACUUUGGCGUCAUUGGCUGAAGUUGCUAAAUAUGUACACAGUGACUGCUAACAAAAUGGACCGCUUUUUAUUUUUGUAUGUUGUCAAAAGAACUGGCACUAGGGGAGAAGAUACAUGCUGCAAAUUUGUAUAGCAAUGUAUUUGCUGGUGCGUACGCUGUCUCAGGGGACAGAGGUUUCUGUAAAGGUUUGUUUGGGGCAGCUGACAGGCGUGGCUUUCCCAGGCUGCCCUGUGCCUGAGCGUGCUGGCACGGGGGGCAUCUCUCUGGGCUGCUCAGAAAGCUCUGCUCACCCAGCCUUGCCAGCCCUCGGGCAGAACGGUGCUCACAAGCACGUGCCUUUCUCAGGAAGGUUCAAGUGUUACUUCUCUGUAAAGCAGUUGUCUUUGAUUUGUACCUUCUUUACUUUGGCCUUGUUUCCUAUGGAACGAAUUUUAGGCAAGAGCAGUAUGUUCUCCAACCUACUGGCAAAUUUCAGCUCAAUUUGGCAGAGGCAGAAAUCACCACCAAACUAAGUUCCUACCUGUUCUGUUGAGCAGCUUCUGAGUGCUCUGACUUGGGCUCUAUAAAGCACUCUGGCUGCGGGAAGCGAGUUCAGUGCUUCACACAUGUGAGAUGGUGGGACAGAGAGACUCAGCUGCAGGAAAAGCUGCCACCAGCGCUUGCCCUCCUCACCCUCUAGGGACUUUGGCCACAGAAGAUGGCUUCCCUAGAGUUUAUCUGCUCAAAGAAUAUCUUGUUUUAAAUUACUCUUGCAAUGGCUGUAGCAAAUGGAUUUUCAUCUAGCGAGAUACUUAUUUAAAAGAGCUGAAAGUGAAAUGAAAGUGAAACCUGCUCUUUUCUGUUCAUUUGUUUCAAGUCUCAGGUGAAUGUUUUGCUGUGUGCCUUCUCCAUUGCUGCGUCGGGGUGCUGCGGCUGUGCUGGGGCACUGCGGGCUGGCAUGUGGGAUGUCUGUCCCCCUUGCCCAGGAGCCAGCCUUGGCUGUUCCCUGAGGAGCUAAGGAAUGGUGAGAGCUAAACAUAUACAUAUAUAUAUAUAGCAAGUUGGGUUUUUCUUCUCUUUAAAAGAAUUUUGACAUUAAACUUUGCAUUAAAAUACAA